GCAGCGAAGCGCGGGCCAUGAUGCUCGAGGGCUGCAAUCGCCUCGCGGAUGCCGUGGCGGUCACGAUGGGCCCAAAGGGUAGGAACGUGGUCAUCGAGCAGUCCUACGGGGCGCCCAAGGUCACGAAGGACGGAGUGACCGUCGCCAAAGCUAUAGAGCUGAAGGCCACGCCCAUGGUGAACGUCGGGGCUCAGCUGGUCAAGACCGUGGCCAGCAAAACCAACGACGUUGCCGGGGACGGCACCACCACGGCCACGGUCUUGGCGAGGGCCAUCUUCCGGGAGGGGUGCAAGGCCGUCGCGGCAGGCAUGAACCCCAUGGACAUCAAGCGCGGGAUGGACGCCGCGGUCAAGGCGGUGCUCGACGACCUGGCGGCGCAGGCCACCGCCAUCGACUCGCCGGCCAGCAUCAAGAGCGUGGCGACCAUCGCUGCGAAUGGCGACGAGAGCAUCGGAGGGAUGAUCUGCGAUGCAUUCGAGAAGGUCGGGAAAGACGGCACCAUCACCGUCUCGGACGGCAAGACCAUGGAGCACGAGCUGGAGGUCGUCGAGGGCAUGAAGCUCGACCGGGGCUACAUCUCGCCGUACUUCGUCACCAACGCGAAAGCCCAGAAGGUUGAGCUCGAGAACCCGCUGGUGCUCCUCUACGAGAAGAAGAUCUCCUCCGUCCAGUCCAUCCUCCCGAUUCUGGAGCAGGUGGCAAAGCUCCAGAAGCCGCUGCUCAUCUGCGCCGAGGAUGUGGAUUCGGAGGCCCUCGCCAUGCUCAUCGUGAACAAGCUGCGGGGUGGACUGCAGGUCGCGGCCAUCAAGGCACCCGGCUUCGGAGACAACCGCAAGGCCAUGCUGCAGGAUCUGGCUGUCCUCACUGGCGCAGACCUCAUCACCGAGGAGACGGGCGGCAAGCUGGAGGACUUGAAGGUCGAGCAGCUUGGCUCGGUCG